AUGGCGAACGGGUGGUCGCUGCUCGUCAGCAUCCUCUUCAUCGCCGUCUUCUGCGGCGUGUCAUGGUUCGCCAGUCCAAAGGGAGAGAAUCAGACCAUUUGGAGAUCAACCCUCAUCCUUUCCGCCUUCGCCUGUUGGCUGAUGUGGAUCAUUACCUUCCUCGCCCAGUGGCAUCCUCUCAUCGUCCCCGAGCGCGAUAAUCUGCGACCGCAAUACCAGAAUGGGCCGGUGAAGCCGACGAGGCGGUUUUGA